AUGAUAGACAACAUGAUGACACGUGACAGCGAAAUACCGGCCAUAUUCAACCCGAAACGUGUUCGAGCCCCCUCCGUCGUGGUAACAGGAGAACCUCCCAAUGGACCAUUCGGUGGGUUCAACAACAAUGUGCCACAGAUCAUGCAUUCAGACUCGGUGACAUCGAGUCAGCAUGACGGUCAGGACAGUCUGAUUGGCGUGACCGUUACUGGAACCGGAUGCGAGACCCCUCCACCAGGAGCAUCCACCGUUUUGGGGACGACGGUGCCGAAUAAUACCAAUACCAAUGCAGGAACCACCGCAGCUGACGGAGUGCCACCACCAGCAACUAGCAGACUGAAACGAUGUCGCGACUCCUGCUGUUCUGAAUUAGCUCAGAAAAUGUACUUUGGAGUGUGCGUAACGAUUCUCGUGACGGCCUCCUGGGUUGGAGCAACGCACUGCAUAAAAUUUCUAUACCUGCAGAGAAAUGCGUAUGCUUCCACACUACCACCGCACUUGACGGCUUUAAUUACAGACAGUGAGCCAAUCCUGACGGCGGACGCUAAUUCAUCUGCCCUGAUCGUUCACGGAUUCGGACCGACCACUUCGUUCAUGCCGUCAACCAGCAAACCAAUCGUCACCUCGGACCGGCUGGUACCGUCCAGCUCAACGCACAUCUUUAACGCACCGUUCUUUGCGUCCUGGUUUUGUACCAACUUGUCGAUCCUGUUCUUCCCGAUUUACAUUCUCGGUCGGGUGGCCAUCAAAAAGUGCGAUGGUACGGGUGAGGUGCUCGGGGAAAUACUGCGGGGCUUUCGGGAUCGGGGUUUUACAAUCGGCCGCUUUCUGAACCGCUGCUUGACGUUCUGCAUACUGUGGCUACUGACGACUUAUCUGUACGCGCUGUCACUGAAGGCCCUGCUGGCGACGGAUGUAAUGGCCCUGUUCGCUACUAACGUGGCGUGCGUUUACCUGCUAGCUUGGGUUAUACUGCAGGAGCAGUUCGUCGGAGUUAGGAUCGUAGCUGUGAUACUGUGUGACACCGGAAUCGCACUUCUAGCCUACAUGGAUGGAAUCACGGGCAGUCCAACGCUGGGUGGUGUGGUACUGGCAGCCCUCUCGGCCGCCGGCUAUGCUGUUUUCAAGGUGAUGUUUCGUAAGGUGAUGGGCGAUCCCCCGGUGGGCCAAAUUGCGUUCACUUUCUCCUUCAUCGGCUUUCUGAACGCUGCCAUCCUGUGGCCGGUAUGCAUCGCACUUUACUUUACCGGUGCUGAGGUGAUGCCCUGGGAGCCACUGCCAUGGAUAAUACUGCUAAUGGCCAGUGUGUUGCUGCUAGUUUUCCACAUUUUGACGCAGUUUAGCAGCGCUGUUACGUACAAUAUGUUUGUUACAUUAGGUUUAAUUACAGCUGUGCCAGUAUCGGCAGCACUGGACAUCGUAUUAUAUGGAGCGCACUUUGCCGGAAUGAAGCUGGCAGGUAUUAUAUUAAUAGCUGUCGGUUUCUUCUUGGUCAUGUUCCCGGACAAUUGGCCCGAUUACAUCACCCGGCUGCUCAGAAAAACUGGUCGUGCAUUACUAAGAAACCAAUGUUGUUACCAAUCCGGUAAUAAUGAUUAUGAAAAUUCGAAAUAUCAUCUUGUUGGGUCACAACGCGAGAUGGGGCCGCCACCCACGAAGCGGUAUUCCGUCGCAGCAUCGCGACGUCAUCGACUAUCGGACGGGUUACAUUCGAUCGCAUCUUCGCUCUCCCUCUGGCCGGGUGAGAUGACCGCUGAGCAGCAAAACACCCAGCAACUGUACCACUUUCAGCACUACAUUCGCAGCGGUUACGGCAGUGAUAGUGUCGGCCUAAACUCGAAACUGCGGCACUACUCGUUGACGGAGACAAACUUCAACCGGAAGGCCAACAGCGGCAGCCAACAGGGCUCGUCGUCGGUGUUACCGAUCCGGCAGAUAAAUUGCCGCAGCAGUUCGUACGGUUCACUGCAGUGA